AUGGCAACUCAUAAAGAAACCAAAAUGGUUAAAGAAUCACGUCCAAUGGUGGGUGGAGAUGGUCCUAACAGCUAUGCUCAAAAUUCUAGCUAUCAGAAAGAAGGGGCGGAUGUUGCAAAAGAAUUGGUAUGUGAAGGCAUUAAGAAAAACCUUGAUUUCAAGAACCCUAAUUUUGAUAAGUUAACCACAUUUACAGUAGCAGAUUUAGGUUGUUCAACCGGACCCAAUUCAUUCUUUGCAGUUAAAUACAUAAUAGAAGCUGUAAAUCAUAAAUACCAAACCCAACUUCAAAACCCACCACCCUUAGAAUUCCAAGUUCUCUUCAAUGACCAAACAGACAAUGAUUUUAACACUCUUUUUAAAACAGACCAAUGA